CGCACAGAAACGGUCCGAGAUCGGCCGGCCGGGAGCCCAGAUCCCAUGGAGGCGGCGGCGGCGGCGGACUGCAGCUACCAGUUCCGAAUCGCUCUGCUCGGGGACGCGGCGGUGGGCAAGACGUCACUGUUGCGGUGCUACGUGGCGGGCGCUGCUCGCGGGCCGGCGGCGGAGCCCGAGCCCGAGCCCGAGCCCACUGUGGGCGUGGAGUUCUACAGCCGCGCUCUGCAGUUGCCCGCUGGGCUGCGGGUCAAGCUGCAGCUCUGGGACACCGCGGGUCACGAGCGCUUCAGGUGCAUCACCAGAUCCUUCUACCGGAACAUGGUGGGCGUUCUGUUGGUCUUUGAUGUGACAAACAGAGAGUCCUUUGAACACAUCCAAGCCUGGCACCAGGAGGUCCUAUCCUCUCAGUGCCCUGGCAAAGUGAUCUUCUUACUGAUUGGCCACAAGUGCGACCUGAGCACCCGAUGCGUCUCCACCCAGGAGGCAGAGGAGCUGGCUGCUUCCAUGGGCAUGGCCUUCGUGGAGACCUCAGCCAAAAGUAACUGCAAUGUGGACCUGGCCUUUGACACUGUCACCACUGCCAUCGAGCAGGCCCUGCGGCAGGGGGACAUCAAGCUGGAAGAGGACUGGGCAGGUAUCCGGCUCCUCCACAGAGCCCCAAACCCCAGACGCCCCAGCAGAAAGCAGGACUCAUGCCAGUGUUGACUCUGGGAGAGGGAGGGUUAAAUGGUGCCAGCCUCAGACUCCCCAGUGAGACCAGAGGACAAAAAGACUGUCUCCUGACAUGU